CAUUUUCUAACCAACUGUUUAAACAAACCACCUAACCCCUUUCUUUAUAUACCUCACUUCACUCACUUCAUUUUACCUUACCUCCAGUAGAUAUGUUUGAUCUCAUGUUUGGAUGGAGAAAAGCCUCCCAAUGCAAGAAGCUGAUGAAGAAGCUUAGGUGUCGUUUGAGUCUGCUCAAGAACAAGAGAUGCUGUAUUGUAAAACAGUUACGAAAUGAUGUCGCACAACUCAUCAAACACGGUCAUCAUCAGACUGCCUUCCACAGAGUGGAUGAAAUCUACAAGGACGAAUGCAUCAUCGCAGUAUACGACCUUUUGGCUCAUUUUUGUGAAUUUUUAUCUCAUCAACUUCCCUACAUUCGUCGUAGCAGGGAUUGCCCUAAUGACAUCAAUGAAGCAAUAUCGAGCAUUAUUUUCGCAUCAGCAAGAUGUGGAGAGCUGCCAGAGCUUCUGCGCAUACGUAAACUCUUUAGCCAGCGCUAUGGGGAGCGCUUUGAGGCCAGGGCACUCGAUUUACUUCCAGGAAAUCUAGUCAAUUUUCAGGCUCCAUUGAAGGAGGACGGUGAAGAUCAAAGGGUUUUCAUGUUCACCACCAGUGUAGGAAGCCAUAAAAGCAUAGGCUUACUGAUUUCGAUCAUCGAUUGGUUGGUUAGAGCAGGAUCAAAGAAAAGAUCAUCAGACUCCCAUCCUCCCGCUGUCGAAAAGCACAACUGCAUUGUUAGGCCGACUGGAGAAGUGAAGGCAAUGACUAUGCCUUGUGAUCGUUGGAAGAAAGGUGUGGAUGAAGAAGCUGAUGGUGUAAUGAGGUGCUAUUCGUUGCCUCAUGUGCAUCCGAAACUCCCAGACUAUGACGAGUUAGCGGCAAAGUUCAUAGCACUCAAGAAAGAAAAGUUUCUGAAUGUUUAAAAUCCAAGGUUAUUUAGAACAAAAUUUUGUGGCUGGAGUUUUAUUUUUAUUUUUUAGGAAACAAAGUUAUAAGUUGUUUGUAUAUAAUUUAAAAGUAUUAACCGGGAAUAUUGUGCUCAA